AUGACAAAUACUUUUCCCUUGAUUGCUAUGCUUGUUGUUUCCAAGCUACUAUAUUUCUUCUUUCACAUUUCCUAUGCAUCUGAUACCAUUACCCAGUUUCAGUCACUUCCUGAUAAUGGCAGCACCUUGGUUUCUAAGGAUGGAACCUUUGAGUUGGGCUACUUCAAUCCUGGUAGUUCCUCGAACCGCUAUGUUGGAAUAUGGUACAAAAACAUCCCCGUUAGAACGGUUGUUUGGGUUGCCAACCGUGACAACCCUAUCAAAGACAACUCGAGCAAGUUAAUCAUAAACAAAGAGGGAAACCUUGUGCUUUUAAGCAAGAAUAAGACUUUACUGUGGUCAACAAACUCCACAACAGAGGCUCUGAGUCCCAUUGUGCAGCUCUUGGAAACUGGAAAUUUAGUACUUCGAGAUGAGAAGGACAACAACAACGAACCAGGUUUUCUGUGGCAGAGCUUUGACCAUCCUUGUGAUACAAUAUUACCAGGGAUGAAGAUUGGUUGGGACCUAAAAACUGGUCUCAAUCGGCGUCUUACUGCUUGGAAAAAUUGGGAUGACCCCUCUUCAGGAGACUUUACAUUAGGUUUUACGCUUGGAAGCAAUUCUGAAUUGCUUAUUUGCAAGGGAUUGGCAGAGUACUACAGGACUGGCCUUGUGAAUAGCCCAGUUGGAGUAUUCGGAUUGAGGGGUAAUCCAAUCUACACUAACAAAUAUGUUAGCAAUGAAGAUGAAGUGCUUUUCUCAUACACACUCAAGAAUAGUUCUGUGAUUUCUAUUAUUGUUUUGAAUCAAACCCUUCAACUUCGUCAACGCCUCGUAUGGAUUCCUGACACCAGAAUUUGGAGAACUUACCAAUCCUGGCCACAAGACAGUUGUGAUAUUUAUAAUACUUGCGGCCCAAAUGGAAAUUGUAUCAUUUCUGAAACGCGAAUUUGCCAAUGUUUACAAGGAUUUGAGCCAAAAUCACCCCAAGAAUGGAAUGCAAUGGACUGGACACAAGGAUGUGUGCGCCGCAAUUCAUGGAGAUGCGGAGUCAAAAAUAAAGAUGGGUUUCAGAGAUUUAGUAGAAUGAAAUUGCCAGAUAUUCCAAAUUCUUGGGUUAAUAAAAGUAUGGUACUCGAAGAUUGCAAGGCCAAAUGCUUGGAAAACUGUUCCUGCACAGCUUAUGCGAGCCCGGACACAAGUGGAGCAGGUAUUGGUUGUUCCAUGUGGUUUGGUGAUCUCUUUGAUUUGAGAAUUUCAGAAGGUGGGCAAGAUCUAUAUGUUCGAAUGGCUGUUGUAGAUAUGGAGGCUAAACAUGGGCGUCAGAAAAAGGUAGUCUUGGUGGUUACAAUCACUGUUUCAUUUGUCCUUGUGAUUCUAUUGGCAUUCUCCUACAUCUACGUGACCAAAAUGAAGUACACAGCAGACAAAAUCAUGCCGACACGAGAGCAAGAUGAACGCGGACAAGAAGAUUUGGAGCUUCCUUUGUUUGAUCUUGCCGCAAUAAUUCAUGCUACCAAUAACUUCUCAACCGACAAUAAGCUCGGGGAAGGUGGUUUUGGGCCUGUAUACAAGGGUACAUUGCGAGAUGGACAAGAGAUUGCAGUCAAAAGGCUUUCAAGGAGUUCUGGACAAGGAUUGAAAGAAUUUAAGAAUGAAGUGAUGUUGUGUGCCAAACUUCAGCACCGAAAUCUUGUUAAGGUUCUUGGUUGUUGCAUUGAAGGAGAUGAGAAAAUGUUACUCUAUGAGUACAUGCCCAACAAAAGCCUCGAUUCAUUUCUUUUCGAUUCAGCUCGAAGUAAACUUCUAGAUUGGUCGAAGCGCUUUAACAUCUUGUGUGCAAUUGCUCGGGGGCUUCUUUAUCUUCAUCAAGAUUCGAGAUUAAGGAUCAUACACCGGGAUCUAAAAGCAAGUAAUAUUUUACUAGACAAUAAUAUGAACCCAAAAAUUUCAGAUUUCGGCAUGGCCAAAAUGUGUGGAGCUGAUCAAAUCGAUGGGAAUACAAACAGGAUUGUUGGGACAUACGGUUAUAUGGCACCUGAAUAUGCCAUCGAUGGAUUUUUCUCUGUAAAAUCGGAUGUAUUCAGCUUUGGCGUAUUAUUGCUAGAAAUUGUAAGCGGAAAGAAAAAUGGAGCACUUGCCUACGAGGCCGACGACCGUAAUCUUAUUGGGCAUGCAUGGAGAUUGUGGACAGAGGGCACUGCAGAGCAAUUGAUUGAUGCUUAUUUGGUAGAUUCAUGUAUUGUAUCUGAAGCUUUAAGCUGCAUUCAAAUUGGUCUUUUAUGUCUGCAACAUCAUCCUGAUGAUAGGCCGAACAUGACAUCUGUGGUUGUGAUGUUGAGCAGUGAAAAUGCUUUACCUCAACCAAAGGAACCUGGUUUCUUAAUCAGAAAGGCUUCAAUUCAAGGAGAACAUUCUUCUUCAGGCAAUGAAGUAACUAUCUCACAACUAAAUGCCAGAUAGUGAAGUUAAUUUAUUUCUAACAUUUUUUGUUGAAUUAUGUAAAUUGUACUUGGAACUUAAAC